GGCUCCUCGUCCUGCUCUCCCCUCACCUCCUCGGGGCUGAAAAACAAGGCUAGAAGGCUGUUACUGGCAUCUAAUGUGACAGCAGAGAUGGCAUCCUUUUCCAAAACCCUAACAAGGCUCCGUCAUGCUGUGGCCUACUAUUCCCUUUCCAACCAACUCCUCCCGCCAAAGCAUUGGGUCCCACGUGCUUCCUUCUCCACCGCUGCUGCUGUCUCCUCUUACUCUUCCUCUUCCUCUUCCCAAUCUCAUGAUCAAGAGAAAGGAUCAACGUGGUCAAGAUGGUUUCUUUUCCUCCCUGGAGCUAUCACUUUCGGCCUUGGAACUUGGCAGAUUUUCAGAAGGCAAGACAAGAAUUGUUUCUUUCAAGACAGAAGGGCCAAUGAUAAUGGGCUUUUGUCACAAAAUAGUACUAAGCUUCAAUUGGCAAUGAGAAAGCCUUCAAGAUUCCAUCCUAUCAUCAUGAUAUAUGUUGUUCUCCUUUUUGAAUAUGCUUACAGUGUGCAGUCACCAGUUCUUGUAAAUAGAGGAUGGGUCCCACGGAGCUGGAGAGACAAGUCUUUUGAAGUUCCACAAGAAAGGGAGAAGUCUUCAAGUACAGAAGCUGUUCCUGUCCAACAGAGUGAACAAAGCUGGUGGUGGAGGUUUUGGUCUAAGAAGCCAAAAGUUGUUGAGGAUCAAGCCCCUGCUAUUUUUUCUAUUGAAAUUAUUGGAGUUGUCCGUGGUAGUGAGAAGCCAAGCAUAUUUGUUCCAGCAAAUGAUCCAAAUUCAAGACAAUGGUUCUAUGUUGAUGUUCCUGCAAUUGCUGUUGCUUCUGGGCUCCCAGAGGAUACUCUCUUAAUUGAAGACAUCAAUGAAAAUGUUAAUCCAAGCAAUCCUUACCCUGUUCCAAAGGAUGUCAAUACCUUGAUUCGCAGUUCAGUUAUGCCACAGGACCAUCUAAAUUAUACCUUGACAUGGUAUUCUCUGUCUGCUGCUGUUACAUUUAUGGCUUUUAAGAGACUUAAGCAAAAAAAGAGUAGGAGAUAGCAAUCAUUACUCUAAAAGGUUUAAGUUUUUCCUACGAUUCUUGGUUUGCAUUCAAAGGUCCUGUACAACUGAACAAGCAUCAAAUCUUUGAGGUACAUUCUAUUUGGUUUUCAUAAAUGAAUCUUUUUCAGAGUAGAGCUGAAUGCCCACCAGUUCCUGAUCUGGACGAAAGAUCAGAUGAGGUUUGCUACAUUUUAUUUUGCAUUAAAUAAAAAAUAUACUGUGCACUUAAAGUUAGUUUAUUUUGUUUUAUUCAAGUUCAAUUCUAGGAAAAAGGGAAAGAAACGAAAGGAAAUUUGAAGAGGAAGAGUGACAAUUUUCUAGUGGGAUAGAAUGUAUUUUGAGUUUUCAAGUCUUCUGAGUUUCAUCACCAUUGAGAAUGUCUUGUUUGAGCACAAAUGGUGUGUGUAGCUUCAAAGUUGGUAAUAUUGGAUGAUGUAUGAUUAAGUUGUGGAUUUUUGGAUAAUGUUUUCGGCUUAUUUAUACAUUUAUUAAUUCUCAAGUCCUUGUUGU